AGUUCGCUAGCAGACAGCAGCGAACCAUGGCGUGAUAAGGGUGUCUCUGCACACGAGGGACUAUUACAUUCAUAGUACUUGGCGCCGAAUCGUACAAUCAUAAUCUUUGAUAUUUAUGUAUAUUACAAAAGAAUUAUUAGUGCACGUGCGUCAGGUUAAAGUUGUUUUAUAACCAAUUUAUUACCUUAUUCGAAUAUUGAUCGUAGUUACUUCGACCACGCUGAGACGGGCGUUAGUCUCCCGCACACAUUUAUUUAACCACGCGUGAAGUGCCGUGUCGUGCCAUACCGUGUCGUUGUUCUGCAAUCGUUAAAAGGUGUGCCACCGAUACCCGAUUAGUUCUCAUCAAAGUUUGCUACUGAAAACGUGAACUAAUUACCAGUUCUAUGGAAGAGGAAGAAGAGGAGAACAAGAAGAAGAAGAAGAAGGUGGAAAGUAAAGAAGAUGGGAAGGAAAACGAUGAAGAAGAAGAAGAAGAAGAAGUUAGUGAAAAUGAAAGUGAAAAUGACGAGAAAGAGGAUAAGGAAAAUGGCGGGAAAAAUGAAAGCGACAACGACACGUUUGAAAAUGAUUCAGCAUUUGACUUAGAGGGUAUGGAAUAUACGCAAACAGGAAGGAAGACCAGUAUUUUCAAUUUCUAUGCUUUUAAUGAGAAAGAAGCAAUGCCAAGUACUUCGAAAAAACAACAACAGGGUCCAUUGAUCGGUGUGAUAGACGUUGGUACACGGACAGUAAGAUUUGUGGUUUUCGAUUCGAGGCAUAUAACAGAAGUAGCUUCUCAUCAGAUCGAUAUUGAACAAUUGAGCCCAAAGGAAGGUUGGCUUGAAGAGGAUCCAAAGGAAAUACUUUUUGCUGUUAAGGCAUGCAUUAAAGAUGUCAUAAAAAGGUUUGAAUCACUCAAUCUCAAGGUAGAAGACAUCGUCACGAUCGGUGUAACAAAUCAGAGAGAAACAACUUUAGCGUGGGAUAGUAUAACCGGUGAACCCUUUUACAAUGCUAUAGUGUGGACUGAUAUUAGAACCGCUUCGACGGUCGAUCAAAUCAUUGCCAAGUUCCCAGACAAAAGUAAAAAUCAUCUGAAACCACUUUGCGGUUUACCGGUCAGUCCAUUUUUUUCUGCUUUGAAAAUCCGAUGGUUGAGGGAUAAUGUACCGGCUGUUAGAAAAGCAAUGCGUGAUAGACGCUGUAAAGUUGGUACGAUGGAUACUUGGAUUAUUUGGAAUUUAACCGGUGGUAAAGAUGGUGGAUUGUACAUAACCGACGUAACAAAUGCCUCAAGAACGAUGUUGAUGAACAUUGAAACACUUUCGUGGGAUCCCACGUUGUGUAGAUAUUUCGAUAUUUCAAUGCAAAUGUUACCCGAAAUUAAAAGCAGUUCAGAAAUUUAUGGUAAAAUGGCAAUCGGCCCUUUGGCGGGUAUUCCCAUAUCGGGCAUACUUGGUAAUCAACAGUCUGCAUUGGUCGGACAAAAUUGUUUGAAAAAAGGCCAAACUAAGAACACUUACAGAAGUGGAUGUUUCUUACUUUGUAAUACAGGAACUACGAGAGUUUAUUCUUCUCACGGAUUAGUCACAACUGUUGCAUAUCAAUUAGGUCCAAACCGUCCUGCUGUUUAUGCAUUGGAAGGUUCGAUUGCGGUAGCUGGUGCAGCUAUUAGAUGGUUAAGGGACAAUCUGAAACUUAUCAAAGAUGUUCACGAGAGCGAACAUUUAGCACAAAGAGUAUUUAGUACAGGCGAUGUUUAUUUCGUACCUGCAUUCACUGGACUUUAUGCUCCUUAUUGGAGAAAAGAUGCUAGAGGAAUAAUUUGUGGUCUCACUGCCUUUACUACGAAACAACACAUAAUAAGAGCAUGUCUCGAGGCAGUAUGUUUUCAAACGAGAGAUAUCUUAGAAGCGAUGUAUAAAGAUUGUGGUUUUCCAUUAAAAAGAUUAAAUACCGAUGGUAAAAUGUCGACAAAUAAUCUUCUCAUGCAAUUACAAGCAGAUUUAUGCGGUAUACCAGUUUUUAGAUCCACUAUACCGGAUAUGACGGCACUGGGUGUAGCAAUGGCUGCCGGUCAUGCGGAAGGAAUAAAUGUGUGGGAAUUUGAAAGUGAUGAAGUUGAAAGAGUUGAGACUGAUACAUUUUUACCUACCACAACACCUGAGGAGAGAGAUGCUAGAUAUAAAAAAUGGAAAAUGGCGGUAGAAAGAAGUUUAGGUUGGGCAGCGGUUAAAAAGUCUGAUCAAAUGACAGAUGAAAGAUAUUGUGUAUUAGCCUCAAUACCUGCCAGCUGGUUCUUAAUGUCGAGCUUUAUCCUACUAAGGUUUAGCCAAUAUUUAGAAAAUCGGUGACACAACCGAUACGUCACUGAAGUGAUUCAUGAGAUAGAUGGCAGAUAGCCUAAUUAUAAUUUUGAACGACAUUUAGGGAGGAUGACCGAGAAGAGUUCGGUUAUCAGUUAUAGAAAAGCAGUCAUAUUGGUAAGGGGAUAACGAAGUUACGAAAGAUUAGAAAAGACUUAUUUUUCUGUCAUUACAGCCUUAUAUUUGUUAAACAAAAGCUGUUAAUAAACGUGAGAAGAUACGAUUAGUACAGAAAUGGAAAUAAAAUCCAAAGAUAAGAAAUAAGAGGAGAAAUAGAAAACGAGCAUGAUGAGAAGUGACCACUUCGAUAGAAAAGCGUAGAACCUUCGACGUAUUAAGUGAAAUAAAAACAGAAAAAUAUAUAUAUAAAAAAAUAAUAAAAAAGCAAGAAAGAAAAUUGUCGAAAAAUUUUAAAAGCUUCGAUUCCAUGUUCAAUCGUAUACAAUGCGCAAGCAAUUAUUAUGUUACAUGUAUGAUUUAUUAGUUGAAAGUGCAUCAUAUCGUACUCUUGCCAAUAUAUAAAAAAAAAUAAAAAA